UGCGCAAUACCUCAGUAAACCCUAGUAGCGCGCCUCACGUUACGCACCAAUAAGAUGGACCAAGACAAACUUGAAGGACAAUAUCUUCCUCCAAUGACGACCAAUUAAUUUGAAACAUAGCUAGCUAGAUAGCCAAUGAGCUGGCCUUUCUUGUGAUGUGGGAAUGUGCACUGUGGGAAGAAUGGGCUGGAAUCUAGAGGUGUGCUCAACCAGACACCCCUGCAUCAUUUCGAAUUGAGAGAGCAUCAGAGCGCGCUAGUAUUUUCGUUACGCACAUUGUUGCUAGUACUUAGUAGUUACUUCUUCUUGUUAUUUCGAUAAUUUUAAACAUUUCGAAUUUGAACAUGGCUCCUAAAAGUGGGAAAGCAAAAUCCAAGACCAAGUACACAUACUUGGAGGAGAUUUUUGAGGAGAUUCAGCGAGAGAGUGACCGAGAGCUAGACAAGGACUCUCUUAGUGAACAAAGUUUUGAUUCUGGCGAGGAAGAAUUGUUCUUGGAAGGAAAGGAUCCCGUUUUAGAUUGUGGAAGCGACUCAGACUCGGAUGAUUUCUGGGAGCCGGCUGCAAAGAGACAACCACAAUCAAGCAGUCCUGCCCUCACUACUUCAGGAGCAUCUACAUCUGCCAUUGUUUCUGGGUCUACAACAAGCACACCUUUUGUCUCCAAAAUCACUCCAGGUCCGAUGUCAUCCACACCUACCCCCGUCCGGCCAUCCAGAGGUGUGAAGAGACCAGCCCAGAGACAAAGACGGGCCAGUGCACCAGCUGACACCCCCACUGAGGGAGAGGACCGUUGGCACACAGUACUGGAGGAGGAUGUGGAGCCACGUCCACCCACAUUCAGGCCUAAAAGGCAGCCUGGACCUCAGCUGGACAUGACUGGGACAUACAGCCCCCUCCAUCUGUUCCAGCUGUUUAUUACUACCUUUGUUCUUGCGACGCUGGUGUCGAACACCAACAAGUAUGGGACUAAAAAGCAAGCUGGAAAAAAAGAGGCAUGGAAGACCAUUUCCAUCAAUGACAUGUACUCCUACAUAUCACUGGUCAUUUACAUGGGGAUUGUGCUCCUCUAGCAUUCCUGCCUCCUCUAGCACUCCUGCCCCAGGACCUGCCUCCAGUGGUGCGCACAUACCAA